GUUUACAUCAAGCGUUUCUUCAAAUGAGCGUUUUUGAUUUGUUUCGUGGAUUUUUUCGGGUACCUGGAGGUCACUAUCGUGGAGAGGGUAGAAGUGUGGAACUGUGCACAACUACGGUACCGGUGUCGAAAAAUAGCCUAAACAUCCAGUAACCAGUGAAGAGACAACUCCGUGGUUGGAAUGUUAGCUAUGGCUAGUUUAGGGACCCCUUCUUCGAUGGCAUGACCCAUGAUGAUGAUGAUGAAGAAGACGACGACGGAAUGUACUUUGAUCGUUUCCAGGGUGGCGUUGGCCAGACGGACCAGUUUGACGAUCAGUGGAGGUUUGGGUUCAGUUUUGGCCCAAACGGAGUAAGGGUUCAGGAGCCAGAGGUCUUUGGUCAUGUCUUCAGAGGGAUGGAAGAAAUCUUCUCACAGUUAGGCCGCUUGGAUGGCCAGUUUGGACCAGGCCAUUUUGGUGUCCCUAGUGUUGAGGAGCCCAUGGAAAGACCAGAUGGAGGUGGGAGAGGAUCCAGUGGAAAUCCACUGAGGGACUUCAUGUUAAAAAGCCCAGAUGACUCCCACCGCAUGCCGACUGGGCCCCCCUAUGGACCAUCAGGGGGUCCCAGGAAUUAUGACAGUCCUCCAUCUGGUGGCUCUUGUUUCCCUAAAACCUGGACGCCCUUCUCCAAGUUCAGUGAUAUUUGGAAAGGAGGGCUACGAGGUGGUCAAGAGCAGGAGCCCAAAGCAGACCGAGAUAUGGAUUCGCAAGUCUCCUCUGAAGGGCUAGAUCAGAUUCUUACUCCACCUUCUACCACUCAGCCAAAGACUCGGUCCUUCUUCCAGUCGAUCACUGUCACAAAAGUGGUGAAGCCUGAUGGGAGUGUUGAGGAGAGGCGCACAGUCCGAGAUGGCCAGGGGAACGAGGAGACCACUGUGACUCGUACAGGGGGGAGGGAGGAGGUACAGGAUCAAGCUGUAUCUUUACUACAGCCAGGUGGCACUUCCCCCUCUCUGGACAUGCAGGAUGAUCUUUCCUUGUUUUCCAAAUUCUUUGGAGGCAAGAUGUGAAAAAAAGCUGUGGAUUAGGGGCUCAGGAACAGAAUACAAAACUUGUAUACAUGUUAUCUGUAUUAGCAUCUUGGUACAUGAAAAUAAAGUGAUCCCUAGGUGGUUACGUGCUGUAUAUUUAGCGAGACAUUCACUGUCAAGCCAAACCUAGCAAAUAGUUGGAAUGAUGGAACAAAAAGACUGACAUUCAGGCUAGGAUGGACUAAUAUUGCCAAAAAUCAUGUGAGGAUUCCUGUACGGUAGUGUGAUUCUUAAUUGACCAAUUACUUUUAAGUUAGCACAGUGGGACAUACUAAGUAGUUUGUCCCACUGUGAAAGCACUCAACUUGUAAGCGUUCAGGACAUUGGGCCUCAGAAGAUUCUCACUUCUCAAUAUGCAUAUUUAAUUUUUGUAGUCCUUUUCAGUUUCUGAAAUGUAUAUGUAUGACUGAAUAAUAAAAAGGCUAAUAUUUACUGAUAUUACGCUGAUAAUACACUA